CCAUUAUCCCCUUCCGGCGGCCGGGCGGGCUCCGUGUCCCCCGCCUUCUUUUCCCCGCCGCCCUGUCAGGCCGGGGGCCGUCCCCGAGCGGAGCGCCUCGGGAGGAGCACCCACCCCUUCGUCGCGGGGCGACCUGACAGCGCGGCGUCUUGGGCGUGUUGCGGGCGGUGCCAGCCUCCGGCCAGGCGGCAGCGGGUUGCCGAAGAGCGGCUGUCAGCGAGUGAGCGAGCGGGCAGCCAUGCGGUGUUGGAGACUCCUUCCCUCGGUGGUGCUGCUCGCCGUCCUGGUCCCUGUCAGAGGUGAUGAUAACGACUUCAGCUUAGAAGAUGCACUUGAAACUACAGAGAAGCCUCUUCCAUCUCGGAAGCCACCACCAUCAGAUUUUGAUGAUUUUAGCUUGGAACAUGCUCUUCAUCCUGAUGACCCCAAGCCAGGUCCGCCUGCAAAUCCUAGAGACACUGAUAACCCCAAGCAAGGUCCACCUGCAAACCCUAGGGACAGUGGCAACUUUGAUGAUUCAGAUCUGUCUGAUGGCAGUUUACCAAAGGGAGGUGGCGGUGGUAGUGGCAGCAAUGAACGAAAGGGCCCAAGUCCAAAUAAUGGUGAAACAGCUAACGUUUCUGAGGGAGCAAUAGCUGGAAUCAUAAGCGCUGUGUUUGCUACUGUAGUUGGAGCAGUAUCUAGUUUCAUUGCUUACCAGAAGAAGAAACUCUGUUUCAAACAAAGCGAUGAAGAGAAUGUGAAUAUGGAUAGCCAUCGGGGUGCACAAUCUGAGCCACCUGUUCAGCGCACGCUUCUGGAGAACUAAAGUAAAGAAAACGUGAUGAAGAACAGACCAUUGAAACUGGAUAGAGAGCCUGCAUUCUGCCUGAAAGAAAAAAAAGGAAACAAAAAAAGCAUAAUAAAAAAAGCAGAGUCUGAAGUUGCAUGAGAAAACAGUUCUUGUUUGAAACACCUCUGGGAACGUGACUUAGACCGGAGCACUUCUGUAUGGUUAGCCCUGUGAAGCAUUGUUGCACACCAGUAUACGGCCUUAAUGACAGGAGAGUAGAAAUAUGUUGUGCCUUCACAUUCUUUCCUGGACAAAUGGGUGUGUCUCAAGCGCAUUCAGUAUGUUAAACUUUUCCUUACUUCUCUAAAAACAAUAAGCAAUUAAUGUUUUGUUACACCAUUGCUUUCAGGCAGUGCAGACAUUUGUUUUAAUAUCCUGUACGCAGUGAGUGUACCAACCAAACAACUUGGUGUGUGGUGUGGGCACCUGAAAGCAAAUGGCUCACUGCGUGUGGAUAAUGGAUCCAGGUGUGGGUGCUGCUGGUACAAUCUGUGUAGCUGCCUGGGUCAGCCACCAGGGAAGAGAUACUUGUUCUUGAGCAUCUGAGACAAAAAUUCCGAGUUCUGUUUUUGCAUUUUUUUCAUUGCAUCUGUCUGGUACAGAUUCAGAAUGCCCCAACCUAGUGCGGAACACCCAAACUAGUGCACACAGACCCUUCCUCCUUUCUGGCUCUUCCUGCUUAGCGAGUACUGAGCUGGUCAGAUGUGAAAAAGCCUGAUUUGCAAAUCAGAACUGUAAUUGGAUUUUAUACGUCUGGUGAGAUUGAUGUUUGGCAGUUGUCUGAACAGUUGUGGAUGAAGUAUUGGGGAGUGUGAAUUAACGUUUUCAGAGUUCCAUAACCAAAGAUUUAAAAGAAAAUAAGGUGAUAUUUUAAAUUUGGAGGGCUUAUCGUAAACACUUAAAAGACAAACACAGUACUACAAUUUGAAAGUACGUAAUAGCAAGACCGACCAGAACAACCCAGCCUCACUCCACAAGCAUCCAUUGAACGGUAUAAAUGGCAUACGUGUAAAGAAUGCUUUUGGAUUUGUGAAGGAUCGCCAUUGGGUUGAGGACCAUCCUCAACUGAAAGCACUUCUAAGCUUUGCUGUGGCUCUUGAAAGCCACAGGAAAGUUUCAAGGAUCUGUGGAAACAUGGAAAACUGCAGCUCAUAACAGUUAAAGGACUAAGUCUGAAAUAAUAAUUAGUUCUAUCUGGAAGGAAUAGUCUGACCGGUUCUUUUGGCUUUCAUUCUAAUUGUUUCCAAUUUUCAUGCAAUUUUACAGUAUGUCUUACUAAUGUGCUUCAAGCCACCUGGCAAAGUUCUACAGAAAGAUGGCAUUUCAUGGAACAUCUUAGAAGACAUUAUAAAUUUGGAUAUUAAACAUGUAAAUAUCUCUGUGCAUUCAAAUAUGAAUGUAUGCCAAGGAUAAUUCAUUUAAGAAUUUCUUGUACAUGUUUCUGAGCUUGCAACAAAGCUUGCAUAGAUUUUAGUAUUUUGUUAUGGAAUUAAUUUGUAAACCUCUUUUUGCCCAACUUCUGCUUUUAGUAUAAAAGUGCUAAAACCUUUAAGCGUGUUUGAGGGUGGAAAAUUGAUUUUUAUAUAAACAUUUGAUCUCUGUAAAUACAAAGAAAUGAAAUGACUACUUACCUGCAUGAAUAAACAGGUAUCUCGUAUCAAUGCCAAGCGUAGAGAAAACAGAAAUAAGGCAGCGUUUGUUAGGGAUAGAAUGGCAAGGGAAGCUCAAACUAGCUUUUAGCUAACCAGACUCUUAAAUCCUUUUUUCCGCUUUUGCAAGCCUUAAAAAUUACUUAUUAAAACCUCCUAUCAACAUUGUGAUUUUUCUAAAAAUAAAUUAUACUGAAAAAAAA